GCGACCGCUCCCUGCCUCCCAGGUUGGCGAGGUGACCACGAGCGAUGUUGAGUCUCUGGCUUUUAGGGGCCGAGGGUUUCUCAGGGCUGCUGCCCGUGCCGCCGCCGCCAGCCUUGUUAAACAGCGUCACGUAUCAUCAUAAACGGAGGCAUGGGCCUGCCAGGGUGGACUAGGAGGCGUUAGAGUCGUGUUGGGGAUUCCCUUGAAUGAUGACUGUGGCAAUCUUUGAAAACUGUGUGUUCUUUCUUAAAGUGAAACAUUUACCCAUUCAGGAGAAGAAUAGACUGAGAACAUGCAUUAAAGAAAAUGGCGGAAUAAUUUAUUUUGUGCUAAAUCAUGAGUGUACACAUGUCAUUGUGGAUAAUGUUGCUGUACUCAGAUCUUAUCAUCUGAAAACUAUUGAGAAGUAUCGACUCCCCAUUGUAAGUGUUGAUUUUGUAUGGAAAUCAGCUGAAGAAGGAAAACUUUUACAGAUUGAUGACUAUGAGUCUAGUAAAUCAUUGGAAGGUAGUUCUGAUCAAAAGCCAAGCCAUUACGGUGAGAAAAACCACUCCUUUUCUGAGCAUGACAUUAAGGAGAAACAGGAUGCCACUGAGAAGAAUGAAAACUGUGGCCCUGAUCCCACUCCCUCGGAAGUCAGUGAAAGCUCCGUUGGGCCCAAUAUGGAGAGCAUCAGAUUUUAUACAGAAAAUGAUCAAGAUAUUCCUUAUUUUCCACAAGAUUUUGAAGUUGCAAAAUAUGAUGUCCUGGAAAAAAUUAGUACUGAGAAAGGCAAACAAGUUGUAGUUAUUGAAUUGCAGUGUUCCCAGGAAUCGUGUGAGUUUCCCUUUCGAAUAUCUGCACACUUCAGCAUGUCAGAUGGAUUCAAGAGUAAAAAACAGUUCAUAGCAACUAAGACUUCUGAAGAAGUAAGAGAAAAUUAUGAGAUUUAUAUUGAAGAUUUGAAGAACCAGGAUUUUCUAUUAAGAGAAACCUUUCCACCAGGUGCAGACUAUUUAGUCUCUAUGAAAUUACAAGAGCUACUUCUAGAGGAAGCCAUAAAUUCAAGCACUUUAUCCCAAGAAACUAGUGCUUUUGUGGAACUGAUCUGGGCAGAAGCACUUGGUCAUUUGGAUCAUUUACUACUUGAACCAGUAAACAACAUCAGCCUAAAUGAUGUGAGCAAAGGGGAAGGUAUUCUACUUCAAAUAAAGAAUGCAAUGAAUGAGGGAACAGCAGCAAAGGCACUGAAAGCGAUGAUGAUGGAGUUCUAUCGAAUUAUACGUCACAAAAGUGGAAUUGACUAUAAUAUUACCAAAAAACUGUUAUCUAGCAAACAGGACCUCUGUCAGCUAAUCAGAGACAUGCUUAAUGUCUGCGAAACAAGUAUGUCAAGCCCUAACCCACCAUCUCUUGCUAAAUACCGGUCUUUAAGGUGCAAGAUACAAGCUAUCAAUCCAAACAGUGAAGAAUUUCUCAAUGUUAAACAGCAGGUGUUGAAAAAUAAUCACAGUGACUGUCCAGUGCAAGUUUUACAAAUAUACAGAGUUGGCAGAAUAAGUGAAACAGCAGAGUUUCUGAGCAAUCUUGGGAAUGUUCAAUCCUUAUUCCAUGCAUCAUCUGUGCGCAACUUCGUUGGAAUUCUCUCCCGAGGUCUCCUUUUACCAAAGAUAGUGGUUGAAGAUCAUGGCAUGGAAAGAACUGAUAUUGGGAACCUGGGGAGUGGCAUUUAUUUCAGUGAUUCUAUCAGUACAAGCACUAAGUAUUCUCUACCAAGUGAAAUGGAUGGAACUCGACUGUUGGCUGUGUGUAAUGUGGCACUUGGAACCUGCUUGGAUUUGUAUAAAAAAGAUUUGUCAUUAACUAAUGCGCCAGCAGGAUAUGACAGCGUGCAUGGAGUCCGUAAAACAGCAAACAUCUCUUCAGAUUUUGAGGAUGAUGAAUUUGUUGUGUACAAAACCUGUCAGGUUAAAAUGAGAUACAUUGUUAAGUUUUGCCUUGCUGGAGACCAAGUAAAGCAGUUUCAGCCUGGAAUUGAGACAGAAUUAGAGCAAGAUACGCCAGCGACCUCACAUUGUCAUUUACAACCCGAAGACUAUGCAUUACCAAGUGUAAAUCUUUUAAACCACGUAAAAACUGGUCUUCAGGACACAUCUGGAAACCCAGUCCCUCUUGAAGAUAUUCAUAUCAAGGGGAGGAUAAUAGACUUCAUAGCACAGAUAGUAGUGUUUCAGACAUACACCAAUCAGAAUGAUCAUUCCAUUGAGGCAAAAUAUGUCUUUCCUUUGGAUAGCACAGCAGCUGUAUGUGGAUUUGAGGCUUUCAUCAAUGGGAAACAUAUUGUUGGAAAGGUUAAAGAAAAGGAACAAGCACAUAAGGAAUAUAGAGAAGCAAUCAGUCGAGGUGAUGGAGCUUACUUGAUGGACCAGGAUGCCCCAGAUGUUUUUACUGUAAGUGUUGGAAACUUACCACCUAAAACUACAGUUCUUAUCAAAGUCACCUACAUCACUGAGCUUAGUUUUCAGAACGGCUGUAUUACUUUUCAAAUGCCUGCUGCUGUGGCUCCUUGGCAACAAGACAAAGCCUUAAAUGAAAACACACAGGAUACAGUAAAGAAGGUUUGUGUUAAACAAAUAGGAACAAAAAAGGGUGGAUUCUGUGUGGCCAUGUCUAUUGAAAUGCCAUACAGUAUUGAACGCAUUCAUAGUUGGACGCACACACUUAAAAUAAAGAAAACAGACUGCAAAGCUGUAAUCAGGACUGUGGAGAACAGUUCCUUGGACAUCAGUGGCUUUACUCUAGAAAUCUGGAUUUCUCAAAUAUAUCUACCCAGAAUGUGGGUAGAGAAGCAUCCAAACAAAGAGAGUGAGGCAUGUAUGCUUGUAUUUCAACCAAAGUUUGAAACAAGUUUUAAAGGAAACCAGUUGUCUGGAGAAAUUAUUAUUUGUCUAGAUUGCUCCAAUUCCAUGGAGGGUUCAGCACUGCAACAAGCAAAGCAGAUUGCUCUCCAUGCUCUACAAACGUCUUGUUUUGGACAGAGAGUGAAUGUUAUCAGAUUUGGCACGAAUUUCACAGAAUUUUCUUCAUAUUCAAAGAAUAUCAAAAGUGAUCUUGCAGCAGUGAAGGAGUUUAUUAUAUCAGCGACACCUACAAUGGGAAAUACUGACUUAUGGAAAACCUUACGUUAUUUAAGUUUGUUGUAUCCUUCUCAAAUAAAGCGUAACAUUCUUCUUCUGUCCGAUGGGCACAUUCAGAAUGAGAGCAUGACCUUCCAAAUUGUGAAAGAGAAUGUCAGACACACCAGGUUAUUUGCAUGUGGUUUUGGUUCCACAGCAAAUCAUCACAUGCUGAGAUCUUUGUCUCAAUAUGGUGCUGGAGCAUAUGAAUAUUUUGACCCAAAAUCAAAGAAUAACUGGCUAAAAAAGAUAGAAAGCCAGACAUCCAGAAUAUUUUCUCCAGGAUGCAGUUCUGUCUCUAUUAAAUGGCAACAGUUUGACUCAAAUGCACCAGAGCCAUUGCAGGCUCCUGCUCAAAUACAGUCUUUAUUUAACAAUGAAAGACUUCUUGUCUAUGGAUUUAUCCCACGUUGUACUCAGGCCACCUUAAAUGCACUAAUAAAUGACCAAGAAUUGCAAGCAAUGGUAUCAACCACUGAAUUACAGAAGACAACAGGAACACUUCUCCACAAACUCACAGCAAGAGCCCUCAUUAGGGAUUAUGAAGAUGGGAUACUUCAUGAAAAUGAAACAGAACAUGAGAUGAAGAAACAUACUUUGAAAGUCCUGAUUAUUAACCUCAGCCUGGAGAACUCCAUCAUAACCCAGUUCACAAGCUUUGUGGCAGUAGAAAAAAGGGAUGUUAAUGAAGUUCAGCCUGCUGGUCUUCCAAACAUUCUUGAACUUAUAGCUGAAGAAGAUAUAGACUUUUUACCCUACAUGGACUGGGAGCAUGAUACAUCUAGACAUGGAUACCUGUUUUCUAAUAGAGGAGUGGGAUUCGGCAGAUGUGAAUUGGCCUCUGACUCCGCUGCCAAACCAGGCGGUGCCCUGGCCCCCGAGGAGACCGAGUCCAGGGAGGAGCUGCUGAUGGCUGUCUACCCCAGGGAGACGGAUGACACCUACAGAGCCAAGUUUGUAUUUCCCCAGGGCACCACUGCUGCUUUCCUGUCUGGCCAGCUGGUGGGGACAGGAGAUAUCCCUGACAGUGCACAGAGAUUAGAAAGCAUGGUCCGACGAAAAGCAGCCUCUGGCAGGCCCAAGAGAGACGCUGCACUGCUGGCUCUGCCUGGCUGGCAAGGAGCUGACACCAGGAUCCGCUGUUUGGAAAGUGAGCAGGAUGCUAAUGAAGUUCAGCAUGCUGGUCUUCCAAACAUUCCUAUGGCUCCAGAACGUUUAGACUUUUUACCCUAUAUGGACUGGGAGCAUGAUACAUCUGGACAUGGAUCCCUGUUUUCUAAUAGAGGAAUGGGUGAAUCGGUUCCUUUUCAUGAAGUAACUAGUGGUUUUUCUGACCACUUCCAAACUGAAGGAGAUGAUAAGCUGAAAAGUUUCCAAUUUCAAAGUGACAAAGAACUUCCCUUGGUUGAACAGUGCAUCUUACCAGAUUCCAUUGGAUUCAGCAGCCUUUAUAAAACUGAAGUUGAAUAUGAUGCUGGUGCCACUGAAGUUGGACUAUUUGCAUCUAUCUCUGAGCCACAACGAAAAUUCAGCGGGUUUAGUCAAUCACUUUUAAAAAUCAGACUUCCCAAGCCUCGAGGUGGUCUGCCUUUUCCUCAACAUUCACAGGCUACUGGCAUUAAUUUUUCUUUUCAAGCUCCUUGCCCUCCUCCUUGCCCUCUUCCUGGCCUUUCUUCUUGGCUUCCUCCUUGCCCUCCUCUUCCUGGCGCUGCUUCUUGCCGCCCUCCUCCUCCUCCUCCUCCUCUUCUUUUUGGCGCUGGUCCUCACCCUCCUCCUCCUCCUCCUCCUCCUCUUUUUGGCGCUGGUCCUCGCCCUCCUCCUCCUCCUGGCCCUCCCCUUCUUCCUGGCCUUUCUUUUUGCCCUCCUCCUUGCCCUCCUCCUCUUUUUGGCUUUCCUCCUUGCCCUCCUCCUGGCCCUCCUGAAUUCAGUCAGGGGCUUUCUUCAUAUACAAAGAGCUCAUUUACUCCUGUGGGCAGAACCCUGAAGAAGGCAAAUUUUGAAGCACAAGUUACUCCUGAAGUUCUUGCUUCAUUAGCUAGGUUAAGACCAGGAUCACCAAUGCUACAAACUGCAUCAAAGUGUAGAGAAAAACUUCAUCGUGAGCUCAGCAAGGAUCUUGUCUUAACAGCAAGGAGGGAAAAACAGUUUGGUAAAACAUCACCACAGAUGAGGAUUCAACGAAGGCCACCAAGUGCUAUAACUUGGACUCAGAUUUUUAAGCUCCAAAAUCAGGAUGGCUUUUGGAAUCUCAGCCCAGAACUUGGGGUUAUUUUGGAUCUUGAUGUGGAUUAUUUAACCAAUAUUUUCCUUGCAAAAAAAGGCAUUUGGACCCUAGGUCCUAAAGGAAGAGAAGUAUUGCAGUUGAUUGCUACACUUUUGGUGCUGCAGUUCAUACGUUAUAAUCAGCAACUGGAAGGGAUAACCUUCAAAUCUCUCAUGAAACUGGAUGAUUCGCCCACUUCAAGUGCUAUUCACUGGGCUUUUGAUUCAGUAAAGAAAGCAGUGGAAUGGGUAAGAAGAGUUGACAGACAAUUUCCAGCUAUCUGCUAUCGACUUGAACUUGGGAAGGAUUGGGACUCUGCCACUAAGAAGUUGUUGGGUAUCGAGUUAAUCAGCACCAACUUUCCUCCAAGUAUUUAAUCACAGAAGACUUCUAUAAGAGUUAACUACUUUACUCAUUUUGCAGUUAUAAGACAAAUUACAGGAGUUCACUGCAUUAAUAGAGGAUAAUUUGAUUUUAUAUCUGUAUAAUUAUUGGGUAGUUUUAAUAUCCAGAGACAUGGAAAUUAACCAAAGACAUGGAAAUUUGGGGUCUUUUCUUAUAUUGUCAUCAAUAAGGACAGAGUAAUUUUAAAUUUAAAUAUAGUGUUUUAUUAAGAGUAAACAUAUACUGCAAUUCACUGUUUAAAACUCAAUAUCUAGCUUCCAUGUUAGAUGAUUUUUAAUUGAAAUUAACCAUUUUGCAGUACUAAUGCUUUUAUAAUGUGUUUAAUAUAAACUUGAUUUCUGCUAUAAACCUUAUCCACUUCUUUGGACCAGUAGCACUAUAUAAAAAAACUGUAAUGUAAUAAAGGAAUUACAUCGGCAAGGAAAUACUUCAAUACACGGAUGUCGACAGGUAUAAGAAGCUGAAUAAUAAAAAGCGAAUAAACAUUUCAAGGUUUUCACUUAGGUAGUUAGAUAAUUCAUUCAGUUGAGUUUCUUAUCAAAAUACAGCCAGAAGAAACUGCAUAUCUGUGAUAAUGAUUAGGGGCAUAUGCCUCUCUCAUGUCAGCAAUCUGUGAAUCAUCAGAUGCUCACCUGCUUCUGGUUGUCCAGGUAGCAGCCUUUUCUUUCCAACACAGACAUUGCUACUUUUCUCCUGUUCUUUUUACAGGUAACUCGUGGCACCUUAGAGACUAACAAAUUUAUUUGAGCAUAAAUUUGUUAGUCUCUAAGCUGCCACAAGUACUCCUGUUCUUUUUGUGGAUACAGACUAAUGGAGCUGCUGCUCUGAAACCUGUUACUUUUACCUGUGUCUUUGGCACCUUGUGGUUGGACUACUGCAAUGUGUUUUAAAUGAAGCUGCAUUUUAAGACAAUGUGAAAAAUACUGCAAACGCAGAAAAUGGUUAUCUGCUCAUUCUGAGAGACAAUAUAAUGCUAAAAAUCUCACUCUGGUUUGAAAACUUUUUAUCUACUGUACAGUUGUUACAAUAAGCACCUAAUGAUGAUUAAUCACUGAAAGUCAUUAAAAAAGCAUAUUUU